CUGCCUCAACCCUUUUCUCCGACACAGCGAAUAGUGUUGGUUCGGAACACGGCAUUCACAACGUGAGCUACGCUUUCUGACUAGCUCAAAAUGACUCAAACUGUUCGUGCAGCUGGGCAUCCUACGUAUACUAUUGUUACACUGGCCAAAUUUCUUUCCACCCUCUGAAGUCCAAAGAUCCGCUCAGCCGGCGCAACAACACAACUCAAACUUUACGCUGUUCUCCCAAGUCGAUGUACCGACUCGCCUCCAAGCUCAAGAAUGCACGUUUGGAAGCUCUGGCGUACCAGGCAAUUAAAUCUGAUUUAUCCUCGAAAAAUAUCUUGGAUGAGGCGUUCUCAUGGUUUACAGCCCAGCACAUUGAUAUCCAAAAAAUGGAACUAAGACUCCUGUUAGAGUUCCGCAACACACCCGAAGUAUCAAGUCGUCUGGAUCAGAUCCUUGAAAGUGUUUCCCGAGGAGAAAGGCCUUAUGCACAUGUUAUGCUUCGUGGCUUUUUAAUGUGUUUGACACGGCGGGGGACAGGUGGUACGAAGUGAAGUCGCAGCAGUUAUUUUGUCAGUUGUACUUGUAAGUCAUGUUGUCCCAAUGUUGUCCUUGUGUUGUUAUCUUGUCUUCCACCUCAUCGUACGUCACGGUGUUGUAUCAUUACUUGUAACUUGCCAUCAUGUGUGUACAAGGUUUACCGACUGUCAAUCUACUGUAAAAUUCACUACUGCAAAGUUACGGCUUAA